GUCUUUGAAACUAUAUUAUAAGCUCAACUUGUUGUUUCUAAUGCUCUAAAAGAGUUUAUGUUCCCCUGUUAGCUAUAUAUGUUUGAAAUCAAUACCUUUUUGUAACUAUAUGGCCGCAUUUUAAUUUUUUAUGUUCUCACAAGUUUAAAACUUUAUUAAGUGUCUUUUCUUUUCGUAAAUGCUUGAAUAAGAAUAAUGAAGAAUAUCGAGUAUAAUGAAAUUAUGGCAGCCAACAAAUUUCCUUUUAUCCAGGCCAAAAUGCUUGAGCUUCAUAAUAUACUUCUUCAGUUAGAAGAAGAGAGACUCAGAGAGCAGAGUAAUCUAGAUAAUCUUACAAAAGCAUUUGACGAGCCUUCAGAAUCAAAACCUGCUAUUCAAAAGAUGAAAUUGGUUGGCAUGUACAAGACUUGCUUGAACAAUACAGAAAUAGAAAUGGAUCUGAUGCAAAAAGCUUUAGGUCUUCUUAAUGAAAUUCAAACGGUUCGCUUCUCUAGUGUUGCUUCUAAAGCGGCUGAAAAGUGCAAAGACACUAUUAACAAAAGCAACUUGAUGGAUAUGAUUGUAAUUUAUGGUCAAAGUUUGCCAUUGUGGGUUGGAGAGUCUGAAGAACCUGCACCACCGCUCUGUGGAGCUAUGCAACCUGAUCCAGAAUAUAUUGCAAAAGUAGGUGAUUUAGUAGCUGCAUGUGUAAAAAUGGAAGAAGACUCAUCUAAAUCUACUUGGAUUUUAGCUGAAGUAACUGGUUUCGAUUCAGAUAAGAAUGAAUAUACUAUAUAUGACAUUGAUGAGCGUGAGAAACCUGAGUCUGUAAUUGAGUCGGGUAAAAUAAUACCCCUACCUUUAUGGAGAGCUCAUCCCACUGAAAAUCCUGAAGCCAUUUUUCCCAAAAACAGUUAUGUGCUUGCUCUCUACCCUCAGACUACUUGUUUUUAUCCUGCAGUGGUGUCACAGUCACCUGAAAAACCAGAGGAUAGUUAUAGUCUUAUGUUUGAAGAUUCAUCUUACACUGGGGGAUACUCUCCACCGAAUGAAAUCUGCCAACGCUAUGUGUUGAGUUUUAAGGAAAUAGCUGAUGAAUAAGCCGAUUUCCUUGUUAAGAACCUGUAAAUAACCUGUACAUAAUUUUAACGUAUGUUUCUGUGCUUUUAUGUAUAAAAAUUAAAAACAGUGUUUUUAA